UAUGCUUAUUGAUCCAUGCUGUUAGUGUAGUGCUUUGGUGAAUGGAUUGUGCAGUUAUAAUGCACAUGUUAUUAAUAGUUUUUUUUAUAUUAUUCUAUAUAUAGUGUUUCAUUUUCGUUCGCGCAGGCUAAUCAUUUUUAAAAUACACACUUUAUCAGAGCUACGUCCGUAUUCGCGACCGCUGUUAACGUUAAGUGAAAAUGUUCGUGAAUUUGUGGGUGUUGAAGAGUAUAUGUAUUAUUCUUGUCAUUAAUGAUCUGUCAUGCAACUCAACUCCAGCAUCUCCUCACAUACAUACACAUCAUCAUGAGGAAAGAGAAGAGGAUGGCGGGUAUAGCGCAAGAGACAAAAACCACAUUUUAAACGGACAGCAUCACUCAGAAUUUGAUCAUGAAGCAAUAUUAGGCAGCAUGAAAGAAGCAGAAGAAUUUGACCACUUGGAUCCAGUGGAAGCCAAGAGACGACUCCGUAUCUUGCUGACGAAGAUGGAUCUUGAUAAAGAUGAGAAGAUUGAUAGAAAAGAAUUACAUGCUUGGAUUUUACGAUCAUUCAAAAUGUUAUCGGAGGAGGAGUCCCAGGACAGAUUUGAAGAUGCUGAUGAGAAUGAAGAUGGUGUUGUGACUUGGCCUGAGUAUAUUGCUGAUUCAUAUGGCAUCAACAGCAGUGAUGAGGACAGUGAUGUUUCUAAUGAAGACAGAUCAGAAGAAAACAAACUUUUGAGUGAUGAUAAGGUUAUGUUUGAAGCUGCAGAUAAAAACAAAGAUGGAUCUUUGAACAGAGCAGAAUUUCUGAUGUUCAGCCACCCUGAAGAACAUCCUGAUAUGCUGCCUGUGAUUCUUAAACAGGCAUUACAGGACAAAGAUACAGAUGCAGAUGGAUUUAUUAGUUUUAAAGAAUUCAUUGGUGAUAGAGCUAAACAUCAAGAUAAAGAAUGGCUGGUAGUGGAAAAGGAAAAGUUUGAUAAUGAAUUUGAUAAAGACAAGGAUGGAAAGCUUAACAGUGCUGAAAUUUUAUCAUGGGUUGUGCCUAGUAACGAUGAGAUUGCUGAUGAAGAAGUGAUCCAUUUGUUUGCAUCAUCAGAUGAUGAUCAUGAUGACCUGCUGACAUUUGAUGAAAUCCUGGAUCACCAUGAAAUAUUUGUGGGCAGUGAAGCUACAGACUAUGGUGACCAUUUACACAACAUCCAUGUCUUCCAGGAUGAACUUUGAAGGGUGACAUUUUGUAGAGUAUGUAUACAUAUGGCACUGCCUUACAUACUUUCUGUAUUUGUUAUAAUAUAGAAAGAAAUGUACAGCACAACUUUUGUAUUUUACUAUUUUUCUUUUCUUGCUAGUGGGGUGGGACCAAGUCCCUUGCACUGCAGCCACUUCUGGCCUAUUGUACCAGC